UGAUUGAAAAAGUUUGUAUUGAUCCCUUAUGGACCACAUUGGUUAACAAAACGGUAAAAACAAAGAAUCGGAGUUGAGAAUGUGGAGAAAUGGAAGAUAGAUAGGAAGGAAUUGAUUUGAAGUGUAGUGGGCGGUGAGGGGAAAUGGAAAGCGGGAUUCAGAUCGGAAUAGUGAUGGUAUUGGCAAUAGCGUAUCUGAGUGUGGGUGUUGUAGCCGAGAGCGUCACUCGAGAGGAAGCGAAAGAACUGCGGGAUGAAGUUGGUGAUAUGUUUUAUCACGCUUUCAAUGGAUACAUGGAACACGCUUUUCCCCUCGAUGAAUUGAGACCUCUCUCUUGCGCAGGAGAGGAUACUCUCGGCGGUUAUGCCUUAACUUUGAUUGACUCGUUAGACACUUUGGCUUUGCUUGGUGACCGCCAACGCUUCGCUGCAUCCGUUCAAUGGAUUGGUAAAAAUGUUCGCUUCGAUAUAAAUAAAACGGUUUCCGUGUUUGAAACUACUAUCAGGGUCCUCGGAGGACUACUGUCCGCUCAUCUUAUUGCCUCUGAUUAUGCUACGGGUAUGAGAGUUCCAAUGUAUGAUAAUCAGUUACUAAACUUAGCUGAAGAUCUUGCCAGGAGGUUGUUACCUGCAUUUGAUACUCCUACAGGAAUUCCAUUUGGAUCUGUAAAUUUGUUACAUGGAGUUGAUAAACAUGAAAGCAAGAUAACCUCAACAGCUGGUGGUGGGACCUUGACUCUUGAAUUUGGAGUUCUAAGCCGUUUGACAAAUGAUCCUAUUUUUGAACAAGUCACCAAGAAUGCAGUGCGUGGACUUUGGGCACGGCGUUCAAAGCUUAAUCUGGUUGGUGCUCAUAUUAAUGUUUUUACAGGUGAAUGGACACAAAAGGAUGCUGGGAUAGGAACAAGUAUUGACUCUUUCUACGAGUACCUGUUGAAGGCUUAUUUAUUAUUUGGAGAUGAGGAGUACUUGUAUAUAUUCCAAGAAGCUUAUGCUGCUGCCAUGCAUUAUCUUUACCAUGAUCCUUGGUAUGUAGAAGUGAAUAUGGAUUCUGCUGCUAUUGUCUGGCCAUUGUUUAACAGUCUGCAGGCAUUUUGGCCUGGCCUUCAGGUUUUAGCUGGAGAUAUCAAUCCUGCAAUCCGCACCCAUGCUGCCUUCUUGAGUGUUUGGAGAAGAUAUGGUUUCACGCCUGAGGGAUUUAAUCUUGCUAGUCUUAGUGUUCAGCAUGGACAAAAGAGUUACCCAUUGCGGCCUGAGUUAAUUGAGAGCACCUAUUGGCUGUACAAAGCUACCAGAGAUCCUAGAUAUCUCGAUGCUGGGAGGGACAUGGUUGCUAGUUUACAGUAUGGAGCUCGAUGCCCUUGUGGAUAUUGUCACAUUUCAGAUGUCGAGCAUCACAAACAGGAAGAUCACAUGGAGAGCUUCUUCUUAGCAGAAACAGUCAAGUAUCUGUGGCUUCUAUUUGAUUUGGCUGUGGGUCCUGAUAACCUUGUGGAAACUGGGCCGUACAAGUACGUAUUCAGCACUGAAGGUCAUUUACUGCCUGCUACACCUCAAAUCUCCCUAGUGAGAGAACAUUGUUUAUACUAUGGGGCUUAUUGUAGAAGUGGUAAUUUGAGACAAACUUAUUUUGUGUCGGAGGCUGACAAAGAUAAGCAAGAAUCCAAUGACAGUAGGUUUCAUGGAAGCUGGACUAAAGCUACAUAUUCAUCGGACUAUACUACUUUUGAGCCAAGUGCUGUUUCAGGUUUGAUCAAGGGUUUCUGCCCAGGACUAAAUCAUGGGCAGAAGUUCGGUAUAUUAUACGCGCAUUCAACUGAUGAACAUAAUGAUUAUGAAACAAUCCAAGUCCAACGGAAAGAAUCAACUACUUUGCAAAGCCAUUCAGUAUUGGUUCUUCCUGACCAGAGUUCUGAUCAAUUGCUACGAGACUACAGCAGUGACCAUAAUGAAAGUCAGACCCAUGUAUCAGACAUUGUUCCUUGAAGUGAGGGGGAGUUUUGGUGCUAAUACAUAAAGGUGCUGAUCCCAACAAUGUAGGAAUACAUAAAUUGAUGGGGAAGGAUGUAUUUCAACUGGAAAGAGUUGUACUUCUUAAACUUCUUCAGGCUCACUCACCUGAAAUAUAAAUUUGACUUUUGCUAGUUUGUCCAUAAUUGAGAAAGCAUGCAUUUGAUAAUUUCGGCAACUGUUGAUACAAUGAGCAUGGAGCUGAAAGAGUCGAAUUAUGGAUGAACUGACCCGUUAGAUGUAUUUCUUAUGUAAUGUGCUACCGAAGGCCCGAGACAUUAUCCUGCCUUCUAAUCAUUAGGCUAGUGUAAAAGAAUGAAAUCUUAUUCUUUUUGUUGUAUCAUUUUUCCUAUGGUUCCUUAACCUAGUGUACAUGAGAUAGGUAUUAUCAGAUCCUCCAAAUUAGGUCAUAAUUUCAAUUGCUGAUAGAAUUGCAGAUCUCAGUCAUCCAUUUGCUGACUUACAUGGUUCGCCAAUCAACUUCAUUCUUUCGGAUGUUGUACUUCCUUAAACAAAAAUAAACUUCAAUUAUAAAAUUAUAUUCUUAUAAAUGUUUUGAUAUA